AUGCAUACCAAUGGUAAUCCUGUACAUCGUAAUGAUGAUGUAUUUCAUCACAACUUCAAGAUCCUAGAAAAUUCUGGCUUGGAUCAAUGGGUCAUGGGUCAAUUGUUCUUUUGUAAUAUGAAAAGAACUGACAUCAUGCUUUUUCAAAAUCUUUCAGAAUAUUUGAUUAAAAAUAGCUUUCAGAAAUUAAAAAACAGGGAGUUGCAGCGUCUGGACAGUAUCAGCAAGUCUCCAGUGUUUGCGCACUUCUCCGAAUCCCUUGGUGGACUGCCAACAAUCCGCGCAUACUGUUUGCAGAAUUCAUUCAGAGAUGCCAUUCUGAGCAAAAUCGACAAGAACAACGUUGCAUAUGUGUACAUCCAAACUGCCAACAGAUGGUUAGGUGUUCGACUGGACAUCAUUGGUGCGUUUGUUGUUCUGUUGGCCGGCUUGACAUCUAUGACGACUGGUAACAAUGCCGGCCUUAUUGGACUGUCUAUCAUGUAUGCUCUUUCUAUGGCUGGUCAGUUAAAUUGGUUGGUAAGAAUGGCAGCUGCUGUUGAGAUGAGUAUGAACUCCGUAGAAAGGGUUCAUUACUAUAGCGACCUAAUCAUGGAAAAAUAUGAUGGAGUAAGAGAUCCGCCGCUAGACUGGCCAAACAAGGGUGAAAUCGUGCUUGAUGACAUCUCCGUAAGAUACGCCGCAGAUCUUGAUCCCGUCCUUCAUGAUGUGUCUGUAACUUUAUGUGCUGGAGAAAAGGUUGGUAUUUGUGGACGAACUGGCAGCGGCAAGUCUUCGCUGACCCUUGCUCUCUUCAGAGUCAUUGACACAUUCAGAGGUCGUGUCAUCUGUCUCUUAUACACAUCUAGAUGUGCCCUGAGCGUUAUACUCCUGGUCACUGGAUACAACAAAAACCUAGCACAAAGUGCCACCAGCCUUCUUGGCUACCUGUGUACUCAGCGCACGAAACUAGUACAAUCAAUGACACAACAUCAUAUAAUGUACAAUCUUGACCCACAGGGUGAGAAAUCUGAUAAAGAUUUGUGGCAAGCGUUGGAGAUUGCUCAGCUGAAACCUGUAGUAUCGACACAAGAUGAAGGCCUAGCUUUUGCCAAAUUUUGGCAAUGA